AUGUUUUCUUAACUGAUGCCUUUCAUUUUUAUAGGAAAUUUCUAUACGGCGGAAAUAAUACUUGCCCUAGAGUACCUGCACACACAGUCUGUUGUCUACAGAGAUCUAAAGCCAGAAAAUCUUCUACUGGACAGAGAUGGUCACUUGAAGAUUACAGAUUUUGGUUUUGCCAAGAAACUCACAGACAGGACGUGGACACUGUGUGGAACACCAGAAUAUCUAGCACCAGAAAUAAUCCAGUCAAAAGGUCACAACAAAGCUGUUGACUGGUGGGCUUUAGGUGUUCUGAUAUAUGAAAUGUUGGCUGGAUACCCUCCAUUUUUUGAUGACAAUCCAUUUGGAAUCUAUGAAAAGAUUCUAGCAGGAAAGAUUGAAUGGCCACGACAUCUGGAUCCAGUAGCCAAAGAUCUCAUAAAAAAGUUACUAGUCCAAGACAGAACAAAAAGACUGGGAAAUAUGAAGAAUGGAGCAGAGGAUGUUAAGAGGCAUAGGUGGUUCAAAGGAGUGGAGUGGCAGGAUGUGUACUGCAGAAAACUCAAGCCUCCAAUAGUUCCUCGAGUGAGUUAUGAUGGUGAUACAAGAAAUUUUGAUGACUAUCCUGAAGCUGACUGGAAGUCAGCACCAAGUGUUGGAGAGAUGGAACAGAAACUUUUUGAAGACUUCUGAAUACCAAUGCUCUUCAAGUUUACAAAAUGAUGAAUCUGUGUGCACACAGUUACACAGUCACAGACACCAUGAAGCGCUUACCUUCUUGACUGGUGAGAUUGUAGUCUGCAAGAUAAAGCAGUUGUACAUAAGAUAAUUAUGGGAUGCCUUCUGAUUUUUAGUAGUUUCAUCAUGGUUAGAGACUAGGCAAUUCAAGCCAGGCACUGAUCUCACAAGGUGACUAUAUUUAUACAAAGUAGCAGGUUGAGUUUGUAAGUAGGAAACACACACACACACACAAUAUGACUGAGACUGCAGAGAAACAAAAUAAAUUAUCACGAAGGAAAAUUAGCCAAAAUAUGAAUCAUUCUCAAAACAAUUGUUAUUUUGUUUCAAGGAUUAUUUGUAAAAUUCAGAGGUUAAUACAUUUAUUGCAGAUUAAAUAAAUAAUAAAAAAAAAAAAACGAGAAACAAGUUGUAGACAUUGAAUUGUAGGGGCAGAACAUACUUCAGCAGAGCGGGAAUUAUGAAUAUAAUAGAAUCAGUCAGUAUGAAGUAGUAAUAAAAUGUUUUGUUGAUUUAUUCUGUAUGAGUAAGCUGUUUUUGCAUCCUUAGGCAUUACUACCAUUCUUAUAUCAUAAAAUGCAAAACUAAAAGGGACUAUUUUGAUUCAUUUUGAGUAGCAUUCACAGUUGGCUUUACUGAAAUGAAAAUGUAGGGAUGGAACCAUCACAGAAGGAAAUUAAAUUGCUGUAAAGUUAUAUUUGUAUUGUGAGAUCUGAGGUUCUUGUGACAGGGUAGAAGAAUAUUAUAAUCUUUUGGGAUGUGUAUGUUCAUAUUAUAUGUAAUAGUAUUGAAUCACUUCAAGAAGCUUAGCAGAGUAAUUUUAUUUCUGACAGUGAAAAUAUUUUAGGAAUUCUAGGUAACAAUGAAAUGUUCUAUAUUCUCAGGUCAGAGGACAUUUUACUCACAAGUAGUGAAUCAGUUAUUCAGGAUUGUUCUGCCAUAAAGAUAUUACCUGUAAUUUUAAAUUCUCAACAGUGACAACAAGUCUAUACAAAAACAAGGUAUCCAGCAACACACAUAAACCAGUGCCCCUUUUACGAGCACAAUAGUUAGACACAGGAAAGUACUUUUUUUUUGUGGUGGACCAUCACAGUUGUGAAGAAGCUUAAUUAAAUGAAAUUAUGGGAACACAGUUUUAUGGUUUAUGUAUUUUUCAAGGAGGAAGACAAUCAUUUCAGAGGACCUGAACCAACAGGUUCUACAUUCAGGGUUAAGCUGUAUGAACUUCAAAACGGUGGCAAGUUCUUUCCAUUUCAGAUACUUUGUUUUGGGCAGAGCUUAAGGAACUGCAAUCUAUUGAUCUAUCACAUACAGCCUUUAAAAUGCAUACUGUGAAAACAGCAAUUUUCAGGCUUGACUUUUUAAAACAUAUACAGAAUGUCCCAGGAGGAAU